AAUAAUAAAGAUUAUUUUAGAAUUAAAAUAAUCCCAUUUAUUUUAGAGAAAUAAUCGUCUGCUACCUUGUGUAAAGCUAUCAUUACGUGGCAAUCGGCAAACCUCGGUCAUUAUCUAUAGAUUGUUUACAUUACACUGGUUACCGUGUUUAUCGUAUCAUUUCUAUAUAGAGCCGGGUUUAAAGAGUUAGCUGUUAAUAAUAUAAAAGCCCGAGUUUCUCGUGCAACUUUCUCAGUUUUUGUUUGACGACGAAGCAUUAACACACUCAAUUAGAGUAAGCUGAAAUUUAUUAGCCAUGCCACGAGGUCGUACACGCCGAAGGAUUCAACCUUCGAGAAGAGAAAUGGCCAUGCGACGCAGCGAGAGAGGACAGGCAGCUUCAGUACCUGAAAUUCCUCUAGGAGAGCGUCGUUUGCAGAGAAAUGCACGAGGGACCGUCGAAUGUCAACAAAAUUCAACUCCACGUCGUGCAGGUAGAGCAGUAGAUGAUUGUGGUAGCGCCCAGCCCCAGCAGAGUCAAGAGCACGUGCAGGAUAACCCGCGCGUCGAUGCCAGACAACCGAGGGGUCAGAAGCGCCAAGCCGACGAAUUGGACGACAUGGUGGAUGUCAGGCUUCUAGAGACUGAAGCGGAUGUUUGGGUCCUGGGUGACUCGAUCCCGUUCUGGCUGGACAGCGGGCAAAGAAUACAGGAAAGCCUAAUUUGAGAUUGAAAGAUUU